AUGUGCGUGCUACAGGAUUUCGAGGCCUUGACCCCAAAUCUAUUAGCACGUACCAUUGAGACAGUGGAAGGCGGUGGUGUCAUAGUCUUAUUGCUCAAGACAAUGAAAUCUCUGAAACAGUUGUAUACUUUGACUAUGGAUGUCCAUUCUCGUUACCGAACAGAAGCACAUGAUGACGUGACUGCACGUUUCAAUGAAAGGUUUAUCCUCUCCUUGGGAUCAUGUGAAAAUUGUCUUGUAGUUGAUGAUGAAUUAAACGUAUUGCCAAUAUCCGCAGGAAAAAAUGUGAAGCCAUUACCGCUGAAUUUAUCUGAAGAAUCAAUUUCAGAACAGCAAGCUCAGCUUAAAGAAUUAAAAGCUUCGCUGGCAGAUACUCAGCCUGUAGGCUCCCUCGUUGCUACUGCUAAGACACUUGAUCAAGGGAAAGCUGUUCUCACUUUCGUUGAUGCAAUAUCAGAAAAAAGGUUGCGUAGCACGGUCACGCUUACAGCAUCCCGUGGUCGUGGUAAAUCAGCUGCUCUUGGAAUAGCAAUUGCUGCAGCUGUUAGCUACGGGUAUUCCAACAUUUUCGUCACGUCGCCGAGUCCGGAAAACUUGAAAACAUUGUUUGAAUUCAUAUUCAAAGGAUUUGAUGCUCUGGAGUAUGAAGAACACCUGGAUUAUGAUAUAAUACAAUCAACAAACCCUGAUUUCAACAAGGCCAUAGUCAGAGUCAAUAUCUUUAAGCAACAUCGGCAGACAAUUCAAUAUAUUCAACCGCAAGAUGCACAUGUGUUGGGUCAAGCCGAACUGGUAGUAAUCGACGAAGCGGCAGCAAUCCCCCUACCGCUUGUUAAAAAUCUUAUCGGCCCUUAUUUAGUGUUCAUGGCAUCAACCAUAAAUGGGUAUGAGGGUACUGGUAGAUCCUUAUCCCUCAAAUUGAUUCAUCAGCUCCGCGAGCAAUCAAGGGGAUUCGUCGGAAAGGAAGGUCGGGCAGACUCCAAUGAUGUUGUGUCCGCCGUUAAUCGGGAUGGAAAGGUUAAGAAAGAUGCUGCGUCCGUUGCUAAUGGAAUAUCACCGGGUGGUCGGGUCCUCAGAGAAAUCAAGCUCGAGGAACCUAUUCGUUACGGUCUAAACGAUCCUAUUGAGAAGUGGUUGAAUAAACUAUUGUGUUUGGAUGCGACCGUUGUGUCCAAAAAUAUUCAAGGAUGCCCACAUCCCCAGAAAUGUGAACUUUAUUACGUUAAUCGUGACACGCUAUUCUCUUUUCACCCGGUUUCGGAGACAUUUUUACAGCGCAUGAUGGCACUUUAUGUCGCUAGUCAUUACAAAAAUUCGCCCAAUGAUUUGCAGUUAAUGUCAGAUGCACCUGCGCAUCAUUUAUUUGUUCUGUUACCGCCCAUAAAAGAGGGCGACAAUUCGUUGCCUGAUCCCCUUUGCGUUAUUCAGGUAUGCCUGGAAGGGGAAAUAUCCAAACAAGGAAUUUUGAGUAGUUUAAAACGCGGCACACGCGCUAGUGGAGAUCUAAUACCGUGGUUGGUUACUCAACAGUUUCAAGAUGAUGACUUUGCUAGUUUAUCGGGAGCUCGGGUCGUUAGGAUAGCAACACAUCCUGACUACAUGAAGAUGGGAUACGGGUCACGGUGUCUGGAAUUGCUAGCGGAAUUUUAUCAAGGUAAAUUUUCGCUUUUGAAUGAAAACGAAAAUUACCAGGCAGAGGGUGUAGUGAGAGUUGAUGAUUCGGAAUUGGAGAAUGCCGAUCUUCACAAAGAAGAGAUAAAGGUGCGAGAUCCGCGAAAAAUGCCACCUCUUCUUUUAAAGCUUUCCGAGAAACGUCCAGACCGAUUGCACUAUUUGGGGGUCUCUUACGGCCUGACGUCCUCUUUGCAUAAAUUUUGGAAAAAAUCUGGUUUUAUUCCACUUUACUUGCGACAAACGCCUAAUGAGCUGACCGGAGAGCACACAUGCGUUAUGUUAAAAGCGUUGAAGUCAGAUGACCUCGUUACAACGUGUAAUCCGGAAUGGUUAUCGGCGUUUUCAAAAGAUUUUCACAAAAGGUUUUUAAAUUUGUUGUCGUACAAAUUUCGAGACUUUCCCAGUGUUUUGGCGUUGAGCAUAAUGGAGGCCGCUGAUGCUGGGAGUGAAAAUGUGGAGGAUAGAGUGCAAGCGUUUGACAAAGAUACGCUUUACGCACAAUUUUCGACCUAUGACCUCAAACGACUCGAAUCAUACGCUAAUAACAUGUUGGACUAUCAUGUCAUUCUGGAUUUGAUUCCAUCGAUAGCUGAUUUAUAUUUUAGAAGGAAAUUUGGCAAAGGGGUGACACUUUCUGGUGUUCAAAGUUCGAUAUUACUGGCCAUAGGUCUGCAGAGAAAGGAUGUUGACGAUAUAGAAAAAGAACUUACGCUACCUUCAACACAAAUCUUGGCGCUAUUUAUAAAAAUUAUUCGAAAGAUGUCUACAUAUUUUCGCUCCUUGGAGACAGCUGCGUUGGUGGAAGUUCCAGAAGAAACAGCCGUCGUAAAGAAAAAUAAGGCGAUGAACACAAAAUCGGAUAAAGAUGUCACUACCGAUUUAACAUCGCAAGAUGAUGAGGUCGCGGCUGAGGAUGCGGAAGUGUCAUGGGACCCCGUGCCAAAAACACUUGAAGAUGAUUUGGAAGAAGCUGGUGGUGAUGCUAUGAAACAAGUCCGAGAAAAGCAAAGAGAAUUAAUUAAUUCAUUGGAUCUCUCAAAGUAA